UCCCAGCAAACGCCGCCCCUCCCGCGCUCUGGCUCAGGCUCUGGCGCCCCCGCAGCCGUCGCCGCUGGAAAGUUCAGGAGCCCUGGAAAGGAGAAAGAAUAAGACGACAGGAGGAAGAGAGAGAGAGGGUAGAAUGGAAGAAUCUCACUUCAAUUCUAACCCAUACUUUUGGCUUUCUAUCCCCACAGUCUCAGGACAGAUUGAGAACACAAUGUUCAUCAAUAAGAUGAAGGAUCAGCUGUUGCCAGAGAAGGGCUGUGGUCUGGCUCCACCUCAUUACCCCACCUUGCUGACAGUGCCUGCCUCAGUGUCCCUGCCCUCAGGCAUCAGCAUGGACACAGAGUCCAGGUCAGACCAGCUGACCCCACACAGCCAGGCAUCCGUUACCCAGAAUAUUACGGUGGUCCCUGUGCCGUCUACAGGACUCAUGACUGCUGGUCCUGGUUUGGUAAUCACAUCUCCAGGCUCUCUUGUGACCACAGCCUCAUCAGCUCAGACCUUCCCCAUUUCGGCUCCUAUGAUUGUCUCCGCUCUUCCCCCUGGCUCACAAGCCCUGCAGGUGGUCCCUGACCUCUCCAAGAAGGUAGCAUCAACCCCAACUGAGGAAGGAGGUGGAGGUGGUGGUGGAGGUGGCAAUGUGGCUCCUAAGCUCCCCCAGGGCCACAAGAAGAAGCGAAUGCUGGAAUCGGGGCUACCUGAGAUGAAUGACCCUUAUGUCUUCUCCCCUGAGGAGGAUGAUGACCAUCAGAAAGACAGCAAAACCUACAGGUGCCGGAUGUGCUCACUGACAUUCUACUCAAAGUCGGAGAUGCAGAUCCACUCCAAGUCACACACGGAGACCAAGCCCCACAAGUGCCCACAUUGUUCCAAGACCUUCGCCAACAGCUCCUACCUGGCCCAGCACAUCCGUAUACACUCAGGGGCUAAGCCCUAUAGUUGUAACUUCUGUGAGAAAUCCUUCCGCCAGCUUUCCCACCUUCAGCAGCACACCCGGAUCCACUCCAAGAUGCACACGGAGACCAUCAAGCCCCACAAGUGCCCGCACUGCUCCAAGACCUUCGCCAACACCUCCUACCUGGCCCAGCACCUCCGUAUCCACUCAGGGGCCAAGCCCUACAACUGUUCCUACUGCCAGAAGGCCUUCCGCCAGCUCUCCCACCUCCAGCAGCACACACGAAUCCACACCGGUGAUAGACCAUACAAAUGUGCACACCCAGGCUGUGAGAAAGCCUUCACACAACUCUCCAACCUGCAGUCCCACAGACGGCAGCACAAUAAAGAUAAACCCUUCAAGUGCCACAACUGUCAUUGGGCGUACACAGAUGCAGCCUCACUAGAGGUGCACCUAUCUACGCAUACGGUGAAGCACGCCAAGGUGUACACCUGCACUAUCUGUAGUCAGGCAUAUACAUUGGAAACACACCUUAUGAAACAUAUGCGCAAACACAACCCUCCUGAUCUCCAGCAACAAGUUCAGGCAGCAGCAGCAGCAGCAGCAGUAGCCCAGGCUCAAGCCCAAGCUCAAGCUCAAGCUCAAGCCCAAGCCCAGGCCCAGGCCCAGGCCCAAGCCCAGGCCUCCCAGGCAUCACAGCAGCAGCAACAGCAACAACAGCAGCCACAGCCACCACACUUCCAGUCCCCUGGGGCAGCCCCCCAGGGUGGGGGUGGUGGGGACAGCAACCCCAACCCUCCACCCCAGUGUUCCUUUGACCCGACCCCCUAUUAGACAGCGGAGCAUCAUAAGGACAUCUGCCUCACUGUCACCACCAGCACCAUCCAGGUGGAGCACCUGGCCAGUUCUUAGAGAUCCGUGCUGCCACCCAUUGGGAAUAGGAGAAAGUAGUUCUGGUCUCUUCUUUCUCCAACUCCUCUUGGGGAAAGUCCUCUUCUGUGACAAGCCUUGGCACCAUCUGU